AUGAUCAACGCACUCGCUGCAUUAAGCUCAACACAAUAUUAUUUAUUCCGAUUCGUUUCUCCAGUUGUGAUCUUUUUAGGCACUGUAGGUUGCAUCAUAAACCUAACGGUGUUCACUCAAAAGAUCUUGAGAAAAAACACAUGUUCAGUGUAUUUUAUCGCAUACAAUAUUGGUAACUUUAUAUACAUUUAUGCUGCGCCAUUUUACGUAACAUUGAACGUCGGCUAUAGUAUUGAUGCGAGUAUUCAAUAUCUGGUUCUUUGUCGUCUACGGUUUUAUACCACAGUUCUGCUCAAUUGUUUGUGCUCAUUUUAUUUAGUAAUGGCUUCUAUUGAUCGAGUCUUAAUCACUUCAUCAAAUGCUCGUACACGACAGAAAAGUACUCUUCGUAUGGCUUAUGUGUGUGUAAUCGGAGGAAGCAUAUUUUGGGCAUUGUUUCAUUCUCACGUGUUGUUUUUAACAAAUAUCAUACAAAUUAUUCCUAACGUUUUUCAAUGCUAUUCAGAACAAGGUAUUUAUCGAGUUUUUCUUAGCUAUUAUGUGCUUAUCAAAGAAAUUCUGGCACUUGUAUUACUUAUAAUGUGUGGAUUGCGAUCGGUAAAGAAUAUUCGACGUAGUGUACGUCGUAUUGAAGAUGCUACCGGUGCACUUUCAAGGACAGCUGCUGGAGGAAAUAGCACACAUUCUACUGUAGCAAGAGACAGACAACUUGCGUUUAUGUUACUGAUGGACAUCCUGAUCUAUGGUCUAUUCUGUUCAACCUUUGCGAUUUUUCUUCUCUAUCAACAACUAACACAAUACAAUGUGAAAAGUCCGGUGCAAAUACAAAUUGAAAGCAUUGUUAGAAAUCUUGCUCAAUUCGCUGCCAGUAUUCCAGUUUCUACAAGUUUCUACACGAAUAUGAUAGCGUCGAAAACAUUUCGAAAUGAAGUUAAGAAAGCAUUUUCAUGGACGCGGAUUUUGUGCAUUCAAAAACAUUGA